AUGCCUACCAGAUUCUCCAAGACGCGCAAGCACCGCGGCCACGUCUCGGCCGGUAAGGGUCGCGUUGGCAAGCACCGCAAGCACCCGGGUGGUCGUGGUCUUGCCGGUGGUCAGCACCACCACCGUACCAACAUGGACAAGUACCAUCCCGGUUACUUCGGUAAGGUUGGUAUGAGGUACUUCCACAAGCAACAAAACCACUUCUGGAAGCCUGUCAUCAACCUGGACAAGCGGGGCGUCUGGGAACUUCACGAUCUUGGAGAAGUGCUGGAUGCGAAGAGGAGGGACCAAUUGCUGGGAGAGGAGCGGAAGACGCACGGCUGUGUUGUUGGCAGAUGGAAGGGAAUAAAGAGAAUAAUGGUCAAUCAGAACGUUGUACUGACUGAAGCGCUUCUGCAGCUCUGGUCUCUCGUCCCCAUCGAGACCCGCGAUGCUUACGUCGCCGGCAAGAAGACCGACACCGCCCCCGUCCUCGACCUCCUCCCCCUCGGCUACUCCAAGGUUCUUGGCAAGGGCCGCCUCCCCGAGAUCCCCAUCGUCGUCCGCGCGAGAUGGGUCAGCAAGCUGGCUGAGAAGAAGAUCACCGAGGCCGGUGGUGCUGUCGAGCUGGUUGCAUAG